AUGCAGUCUCCUUUUGAGGCAUCCGCGGCAUGCCACCGACAGCACUUCCCCGAAACACGGCCGCACACCGUCCACUCCUCGGGCUCGUCUUCGAUAUUGACAGCCGACACCAUCAGCGAGGAGGAGAAGUCAGACGGCGAACUGACACCACGUGCCUCCGAAGCCGGGUCCAGCACAUUUGGUCAGAGGCGGUUGUCGAGGGAUGACACUGCGCGUGACGUCCACCUGCCCAUGAUGCCACCCGGGCAAUCGAGAUGGGUCACUCGCAAGAAGUCGCCAUACAGUGUCGAUUACAUGGAAGCCCCCUUCACCAAGAUUCAACAGCCGACCGAGGAGCAAUCGCGUCCGAGGUCAGAAGACCAAGUUCACGAACUGGCCGAAGGUCCACAUUUGGAGCGCAUGAGGGCCAAGCAACGUCGUAAGGGACCGCGUGCUUCUGCUCACGGUGUCCCAAUGGCAAACGAAACACAUGACAACACAUCCGCGGAUGAUGCAAAGGACUCGGGGACCUUGAGUCGGAGAUGGUCGAAGCACUAUCGCAAAGGAGUGACCAACUUCCAGGAAACCAUGUCCAAGUGUCAACAGCUUCCAGCAGCCAUUGGCGGUCGAUCCAGGAGGUCAAGCACUCCACACAGGGUCGAGGAAGCGAGCGCUCCAGAAGCAGCGACAUCAACAACGUCCGUAGGCCCCUCUGCAAACAGGUUGCCGAUUUCUCCUUCAAAGCGAAGUGCACGCCAGACUGACGAGCGUCCAAGGAAAUACAGACCGACAUGGAUGCACUCCUCAUCAGAUCGCAAAGACACGCCUGCUCCCGCGAACAGCCUUCCUCAUCGAGCCGCAAGCACGCGCAACCAUCAGACGCCGACCAUUCUUUCCGCACCGGGCGGCGACAACGCACGAAAGGCAGCAGCCAAGUGCAACAAUGGUAGCUCCGCACUUUCCUGGGACCAAGGCAACUGGGAGAUGCCUACUCAGGAUGAUCUUCAAGCACGUCGCAGUCGUUUGGGUUCACUCAGCAGUGCCGCAGACAGUGGUGCAGAUUUGUCAGCAUACGGCGAUUCUGCAGCAUCCAUUCGUGACAGAGACGGAGAUAUUGAUAUGGACACAGUCUCACCACAAUCACUACCCCCAACUAUGGACAUCACACAGAGACUUCCCGACGAGAUCGCUCUUCAAAUCUUCGAGUACCUUAACGUUCAGGACCUCAUCCGAGCGGAGAUGGUCAACUCAAAGUGGAGAGAAAUGACCAACAACACAUCCGUAUGGCGCGCAGCAUUCCUCAGGCGAUACCAGCGUAAGAUCCUCACCGAUCCCGCCCCCGUUCAGGUUGGCGGCGUUGGCGUAGGUCGACCAAACAAGUUCAAGCAAGAGUGGAGGAAGAUGUACAAGGCACGUGUCCAGCUGGAAGACAACUGGCGCGCUGGAGCACACGACGCCGGAAAGGCAGUUUAUCUUUCAGGUCACACCGACAGCGUCUACUGUCUGCAGUUUGACGAAGAGAAGAUCAUCACAGGGUCACGUGAUCGCACCAUCCGCGUCUGGGACAUCAACACCUUCCAAUGCCUCCGAGUCAUUGGCGGUCCUAACGUCAAGCCAGUGCUGGGGCCUAAGGUGCUCCGUACGGUCGACUACCCAUCUUUCCACAUGGCUACUGCGAGCGUCAACGGCACUGCAUACGGCGAAAGCAUUUACCACACCCCCAAAGAAUGGCACGAUGCCAGCAUUCUUUGUCUGCAGUAUGACGAGGAGAUCCUGGUCACGGGGUCUUCGGACUCCGAUCUAUUGGUUUGGGAUGUCAAGACUUAUCAACCAAUCAAGCGACUAAGGAAGCACAGCGGCGGAGUUCUUGAUGUUGCUCUCGAUGCCAAGCAUAUUGUCUCAUGCUCCAAGGAUUCCAGGAUCAUCGUCUGGGACCGCGAGACGUAUGAGCCCAAGGGAGAGUUGACAGGUCAUAGGGGACCGGUGAAUGCCGUCCAGCUUCGCGGCCACCUGCUUGUUAGCGCUAGUGGCGAUGGCAUUGCCAGGCUAUGGGAUCUCAACCAGAUGAAAUUGAUCAAAGAGUUCAGCGCAAAGGAACGAGGCCUUGCAGCAGUGGAGUUCUCGGAAGACAUGAAAUAUGUACUUGCUGGUGGUAACGACAACAUCACGUACAAAUUCGAGACGGACACUGGCCGAGAGGUGAUGCAAUUCACCGGCCAUUCACAGCUUGUCAGGUCACUGUGGCUCGACAGCGCGAACAGCCGUGUCGUGUCAGGAAGUUAUGAUCUUGACCUGCGAGUAUACGACUUUGAGAAUGGCCAGGAACUCUGGCGAGGCGAGGAGUGGACGACGAGCUGGAUGCUGGCGGCCAAGUCAGAUUACCGUCGGAUCGUUGCAACCAGCCAGGAUGGACGGAUUCUGAUUGUCGACUUCGGCAUCUGGAAGGGUGCGCCAACGUACGUGUCGAGAGAUGGCUCAUCCAUUGAGAACAUCGAUCUGCUACGUGGCGUGGAGAACACCAACGAGAUCAAGUUCAGGAACCCGUUUGAUCGUAAUAGGAGCAUUCACGGUUUCUAG